GUUUUUCAAAGUUUCAGGAGGUGAGAGGAGAAUCACAGCACCCGUGGCCGUGCUACGGAGGAUAUUACGGGAUUGGGACGACGCUUCGCUUCCCGGCUGACUUACCGAAACAUUUUGGAGGCUUACUUUUUUUUCUUGUAAAUCAAACAGAGGAUGUAUUUCUAAUAAAAGCGCUCUUCGAAACUUUGGAAAGUUUUCCACAGAAAUGGAAGGGAAUAUGCAAUGGAUUAUUUUGUUCUUUUUAUUGUGCAUGCAUAUUGGUGAAGGGUUCCGCUGUGUGGAUAAAUACAAGCCCUGUGAAAAUGGAGGAACAUGCAUAGAUUCCCCAUCUCGAUGCAUCUGUCGCCCUGGAUUCAUCGGCCCUUUCUGUAAGCAACUGGAUCCCUGUCAUCGCUCACCAUGUCUGAACGGGGCAGCUUGCAAGAGUGAUGUGGUUAAUGGUAUCCCGCAGUACAAAUGUGUGUGCCAAAGAGGGUUUAGAGGUCAAGACUGCUCCCUAAUCGAUGCUUGUGCCACAAGUCCAUGUGCAAAUGGAGCCCGUUGUGUCAAUUGGAAUAACCAUUACAACUGUUCCUGCCCCCCUGGUUUCCAGGGAAAGAACUGUCGCAAUGACAUUGACGAGUGUCGCAAACCUGGUGUUUGUCUCAAUGGGGGUCUCUGUCACAACACGGUUGGGUCCUUCCGAUGCCAGUGUCCGCCAGGGUACAGCGGCCGUACGUGUGAGGUGUCCACCCUGCCCUGUGCCCCGUCUCAGUGUCUCAAUGGUGGCACAUGUCGCCAGAUAGGCGAUCAUUCCUAUGAAUGUGCUUGCCUUCCAGGCUUUGAGGGACACAACUGUGAGAAUAAUGUGGACGACUGUCCAGGUCACAAGUGUAUGAACGGAGGGAAAUGUGUGGACGGCGUGAAUACAUACAACUGCCAGUGCCCACCAGAAUGGACAGGACAAUAUUGUGCUGAAGAUGUCAAUGAGUGUCUCAUGCAACCCAAUGCAUGCCACAAUGGAGGCACUUGCUUCAACACUAUAGGUGGUCAUACCUGUGUCUGUGUCAAUGGUUGGACUGGAGAUGACUGUAGUGAGAACAUUGAUGACUGUGCAAUAGCUGUUUGUUUCAAUGGUGCCACAUGCCAUGACCGUGUGGCAUCCUUUUUCUGCGAGUGUCCAGUUGGGAAGACAGGACUGCUUUGUCAUCUGGAUGAUGCAUGUGUGAGUAACCCUUGCAACGAGGGGGCCGUGUGUGACACCAACCCCCUUAAUGGCCGUGCCAUUUGCACCUGUCCUGCUGGCUUUGUCGGCGGUGCCUGCAACCAGGACAUGGAUGAAUGUUCUAUUGGUGCAAACCCAUGUGAGCAUUUUGGAAAAUGUGUAAACACUGAGGGAUCUUUCCAGUGUCAGUGUGGUCGCGGCUAUGCUGGCCCACGUUGUGAAAUCGACAUCAAUGAAUGCCUUUCCAUGCCCUGUCAGAAUGAUGCCACCUGUUUGGACCGCAUUGGAGAGUUCACAUGCAUUUGCAUGCCAGGCUACAUGGGGACUUUCUGUGAAAUUGAUAUUGAUGACUGUGAGAGCAACCCAUGUGUAAAUGAUGGCAUCUGUCGGGACAUGGUCAAUGGCUUCACAUGCACCUGCCAGCCAGGGUUUACUGGCACCAUGUGUCAAAUUGACAUAGAUGAGUGUGCUAGCACUCCCUGCCAGAAUGGAGCAAAAUGCUAUGACCGGCCUAAUGGGUUUGAGUGCCGAUGCGCUGAAGGUUAUGAAGGGAGACUCUGUGAGAGUAAUAUCAACAACUGUCAACCUGACCCCUGCCACCAUGGUACCUGCAUUGAUGGCAUUGCUAGCUACACGUGUAAUUGUGAUCCUGGAUACACAGGCUAUCGCUGUGAGAACCAGCUUAAUGAGUGCCACAGCAAUCCUUGUCAGAAUGGGGGCAAGUGUGUGGACAGGGUCAAUAAGUACAUCUGUCAGUGCCAGCAUGGAACUUCAGGUACCAACUGCGAGAUAAACUUUGAUGAUUGUGCCAGCAACCCAUGUGAUUAUGGGAUCUGCAAAGAUGGAAUCAACCGUUAUGACUGUGUUUGCAAACCUGGCUUUACAGGUCCUAAAUGUGAUGUGGAGAUUGAUGAGUGUGCAUCUAGCCCCUGUAGAAAUGGGGGAACGUGUGUUGAUGAAGAAAAUGGAUUUCACUGCCAGUGUCCUGAAGGCUUUAAGCCCCCUUACUGUUACUCCCAGGUGGAUGAGUGUGGCAGCAGCCCAUGUGUCCACGGCUCCUGUAGAGAGGACAUAAAUGGAUACCGUUGUGACUGUGAACCUGGUUGGGUUGGAAAGAACUGUGACUUAGACAGAAAUGACUGUUUACCAAGUCCUUGUCAAAAUGCUGGAACAUGCAUUGAUCAGCUCAAUGGAUUUACCUGCAAGUGUCGUCAAGGGUUCAAAGGUAAUCUCUGCCAGGUUAACAUCAAUGAAUGUGCUUCCAGUCCAUGCCUGAAUAAGGGAACUUGUGUGGAUGGUGUCGCAAGUUUCACAUGUCUGUGUGAGCUUCCCUAUAGCGGACCUACUUGUGCUGAGGUCCUCACACCUUGCUUCCCUAACCCCUGUGCCAAUCAUGCAGUGUGCACCCACACCCCAGACUACCUGGGUUAUCAGUGCAACUGUCAACCAGGCUGGCAAGGCCAGUUGUGUAACAUAGAUGUCAAUGAAUGCAUGUCAAACCCCUGCAAAAACCGUGGGACCUGCACUAACACGCUUGGAGGCUUUGUGUGUUCCUGUAGAGCAGGAUUUACUGGGCUCACUUGUGAGACAGAUAUCAAUGACUGUAUUCCCAACCCAUGUUUAAAUGGAGGUUCCUGUACAGAUGAUGUGAACUCCUUCCAUUGUAGUUGCUUGCCAGGCUUCACAGGGCCCCGAUGUGCUGUAGAGAUCAAUGAAUGUCAAAGUUCCCCCUGUAAAAAUGGAGGAACUUGUACAGACUAUGUUAACUCUUACACAUGCACCUGCCCACCUGGCUUCACUGGCAUCUACUGUGAAACCAACAUCCCUGAUUGUACUGAAAGCUCUUGCUUCAAUGGAGGGACCUGCACAGACAAAAUCAAUGGUUAUACAUGCACUUGUCGCUCUGGCUUCACUGGCUCCCACUGCCAGUAUGAAGUGAAUGAGUGUGACUCUCAGCCCUGCCUAAAUGGAGGCAUCUGUCAAGAUGCCUUAGAGUCUUUUCGCUGCUCCUGCCCUAAGGGAUUUACAGGCAACAGGUGUCAGACACCAGUUGACUGGUGCCGACGCUCGUCUCUGUGCCAGAAUGGAGGACGCUGUCGUCAAAAAGAUUCGUCUUUUAUCUGUGAUUGUCCUAGUGGUUGGUCUGGGCGAUACUGCGAUGUCCCAAGAGUCUCCUGUGAAAGAGCAGCUCGCCAGCGGGGAAUCCAAACAGAUGAGCUCUGCCACCACGGUGGUCACUGUGUUAACACUGGGAACACACACUUUUGUAAAUGCCCUGCUGACUACACUGGGAGCUAUUGUGAAAUUCAAGUCGACCAAUGUGAAGACAAACCUUGUCUCAAUGGUGCCACCUGCAGGUCAUAUGUCGGCGGGUACCAGUGCGAUUGCAUGCCGGGCUAUACUGGACAGAACUGUGAGAUAGAAAUCAAUGAGUGCCAGUCCCAUCCUUGCCAGAAUGGAGGCACUUGUAUUGAUCUAGUAGGACAUUAUAUCUGCUCCUGUCCCCCCGGCACACUGGGUGUUCUGUGUGAGAUUAAUGAGGACGACUGUGCUCCACCGCUGAGGUUGCGCGGUGCUCCCCCAAAGUGCCUCAACAACGGAACCUGUGUGGACAGAGUUGGUGGUUAUCGCUGUAAUUGUCCUCCUGGUUUCACAGGAGACAGAUGUGAAGGAGACAUAAAUGAGUGUCUCUCAAACCCCUGUAGUCCCAGCAACAGUCUUGACUGCAUCCAGUUACCCAAUGACUACCUGUGCGUCUGCAAGCCUGGAUUCACAGGUCGCAGGUGUCAAAACAGGUUCGGUGUGUGUGAAUCUCAGCCUUGUCACAACGGGGGUGCCUGUUCUGUAACCAGCAGCUCUCCUCUGGGAUACACCUGUACAUGUCAACUUGGUUAUACUGGCCCAAAUUGUGAGAGGAGCAUGUCCUGUCGUGAGCUGUCCUGCUACAACGGCGGAAGCUGUGCUCUUACCACAAGGGGGGCGCGCUGCACAUGCUUACCAGGCUUUGGUGGGCCACAGUGUCAGCAUCACAGUAAUGAUGGGUGUUCCUCUAAGCCAUGUCGGAAUGGAGGCCUCUGUACUGAAGAGACCAGUUUCCCAUUUUUCCACUGCCAGUGUCCAAGUGGAUUUAUGGGGAAACGUUGUGAGCAAAGCACUAAAUCUGAGCUUCCUGCUCUCUCCUGUCCAAGAGCAGACUGCCAAGGCAAAGCCAAUGAUGGUGUUUGUGACAAGGAAUGUAACACACUCCCUUGUCGUUGGGAUGGUGGCGACUGUUCCCUGGCAAUGAAUCCCUGGGCUCAUUGCACAGAUCCUCGCUGUUGGCGUGCCUUUAACAAUAGCCAAUGUGAUGAAUUCUGUAACAACGCUGAAUGUCUGUAUGACAACUUCGACUGCAGAAGCAAAGAGAAAGUCUGCAAUCCAAUAUAUGCCAACUACUGCUAUGACCAUUAUGCUGACGGUCGGUGCGAUCAGGGUUGCAACACAGAGGAGUGUGGUUGGGAUGGCUUAGACUGUGCACAGAAGGUUCCAGAAGAUCUUGCCGAUGGUGUUUUGGUUUUGGUUGUCCUGCUUCCUCCGGACAAGCUUCUCCGCACCGGGAAAACAUUUUUGCAGAAAUUGAGUGCCAUCCUGCACACUUCAGUACGCUUCAGGUUGGACCAAAACGGAGAUGCAAUGAUCCGUCCCUACACCCGUCGAGAGGCACGCCUUAAGAGAGAACUCGAACAUCAACAUGAAGUUGUUGGGUCCAUAGUCUAUCUGGAGAUAGACAACCGUUUGUGUUCUCAGGAUGUAGAGGACUGUUUCCCUUCAGCAGACAGCGCAGCAGAGUAUUUGGGCGCCCUAUCAGUGACAGAUAUGCUGGAUUUCCCUUAUCCCCUUCGAGAAGUUCGAGGGGAAAAGAUUCCUGUACCACCAACUUGGGACAAGUUGAUGCCUGCAUGGGCAGGACUAGCGGCUAUUAUCGUUUUGGUCAUCAUUAUUAUCGGCAUGUUAAUAACUCGUCGAAAGCGUGAACACAGCACCCUCUGGUUCCCUGAAGGCUUCUUUCUCAAGAAGGAACCAAGCAGUAACAAAAACCGCAGGGAACCUGUGGGUCAGGAUGCUCUUGGAUUAAAACACAUGCCAAAAACUGUUGAGGAAUCUCUCCUUGGAGAUCACAGUGAUCCAUGGAUGGACUCAGAUUGCCCAGAGGCAAAACGGCUUAAGGUUGAGGAGCCAAGUGUGCUCUCAGACAGUGAAGAUGCAGUUGACUGUAGACAGUGGACACAGCACCAUCUUGCAGCUGCAGACAUUCGUGUACCGCCCACUAUGGCCCUCACACCACCUCAAGGAGAAUUUGAAAGUGACUGCAUGGAUGUUAAUGUUCGAGGCCCAGAUGGUUUCACACCUCUGAUGCUGGCAUCAUUUUGUGGAGGCGGCCUAGAACCUGAGGUGACAGAAGAGGAGGAAAGUGAAGAGUGUUCUGCCAACAUUAUCUCAGACUUAAUCUACCAGGGUGCAUCACUGGCUGCACAAACAGACCGCACCGGUGAGACAGCACUCCACUUGGCUGCUCGCUAUGCACGCGCCGAUGCUGCUAAGCGUCUGCUGGAUGCCGGGGCAGACGCUAAUGCUCAAGACAACACAGGGCGCACACCACUUCAUGCUGCUGUGGCUGCAGAUGCGCAGGGCGUCUUUCAGAUUCUGAUCAGAAAUCGAGCCACUGAUCUGGACUCCCGUAUGUACGAUGGCUCUACUGCACUGAUCCUGGCUGCACGGCUGGCAGUGGAGGGGAUGGUUGAGGAGCUUAUUACUUGUCAUGCAGAUGUAAAUGCAGUUGAUGAACUGGGUAAAUCUGCUCUGCACUGGGCUGCAGCUGUCAACAAUGUUGAUGCAACUAUUGCUCUGCUGAAAAAUGGAGCCAACAAAGAUAUGCAAGAUCUUAAGGAGGAGACCCCUCUGUUCCUUGCCGCCCGCGAAGGCAGCUGUGAGGCUGUCAAGGUGUUGCUCGCUCACUUUGCCAACAGGGAAAUCACAGAUCACAUGGACAGAUUGCCCAGAGACAUUGCUCUUGAGCGUAUGCAUCACGACAUUGUACAGCUUCUUGAUGAAUACAACACAGUAAGGAGUCCACAGAGCCAUGGAGCAGCUGGUCACCAACUCACAGGGGGACACACUCUGUCCCCACUCAUGUGUCCUCCAAGCGCCUUCCUCCCCAGUCUGAAGAACACCCCGCAGGGAAAGAAGAAUCGCCGACCUGGGGCCAAAGGUUCUGGCCUGGGAGGCCAGCAUGCUGCAAGUCUGAAGGAGUCUGUAAAGGCUCGCAACAAGAAGCUGACCCUGGACAUGCAGAGUGCUUUAUUAGAUAGCUCCGUUACUCUGUCCCCGGUGGACUCUCUGGACUCACCCCACGGGGGAGCUAGCAAUGCUGGCUACAUUACCAAUCCGACGUCACCUGUGGCCAUGCAGUCACCAGCUCUUUUCCAUUCCUCAAUGUCUGUCCCAAACACUCCAAUGGUACACAGUAGCAUGUUGGAAGGAGGGGGCCCGUUUGCAGUAUCGCUUGCCCAAAUUAAUGACAUUGGAGCUGGAGGAAUGUCAUUGCAGGGUCGUGUCUCUAUGGCUUCAGAUGUCAACCAUAGCUAUGUGCUGAGCUCUGGCCAGCUUGGGGUCAAUAUGGGCAUGGUCAGUCCUGUCAGUGUGCCAUUCGAUUGGCACAGCCAUAUGCCUCCAUCCUCUCAGUGCAGUCAGCAGGUUGUGAAUAUCGUGCAGAGUAGCCAAGCAGGUAUGCAUGUCCAGAGCCCUGCCAUGCAGCAGCAGAACAUGCUGAUGCACCAACAGCAGCUCUACCGCAGUCCAAUGCUGCAGCCCACACCUGUUACCUCCACACCCACCAUCAGCCCAGUAAAGCUGCCUUCCAUUGCAGAACAACAGCAGCUUAUUAAUCACAACAUCACCAACCAGCCAAGCAUGGCUCCCAUGGGCACCUCAACUCCACCAACACCACAGACCUCGCAGCCUCCACCAUCAUUCUUCCAGCAGCAACAGCAGCAGCUGCCCCAGCAGUCCUCUCAGCCUCCUCCUCAGCCCACCCAAGGAGCAGCGCCACCAGCCCAGCCAGCUCAGGCCCUUUCCUCCCAGCCAAGUGGCAGCGCUGCAGGAAAUGAGGAUUAUCCAACCCCUCCUUCCCAACACAGCUAUUCAUCCACGUUAGAUGCAACACCCAAGCAUUUCCACAAUUUGCCCAGUGAACACCCGUAUCUCACCCCUUCUCCAGAGUCUCCAGAGCACUGGUCCAGUCCUUCUCCCCACUGUGUCUCUGAUUGGUCCGAUUCCACACCAAGUCCAGCCGUUGCUGUCCCUAACCAGACCCAAAUUACUCAAAUCCCAGAGGCCAAUGGCAAGAUGCAGGUGUUUGCAUGAAGAUCAUUUGGACAUGACCUGAAAAGGGACCUGGGUUACAAAGAGUUUUUAGACUGACUUUUGGGUCUGUCUGUGUUUUAUCUGUCAGCAUGUUUCCAAGAUUUUCUUUGGAUUUGUGCAGACAAUGUGUAUAAGAGGACCGUCUGCUGCUGAACACGGCAGAGAAAAAAUAAGUAAAGGGAAAUGUGUGUUGUCUGAAAAAACUGCAGACAAUUUAAUGAAGUAAUUCUGUCACAGAUGGACUAUUUUUUAUUAUAAAAAAAAUAUAUGAAGAAAACCAAGCCUUUAAUUAUAAAGACUUGGGAAAACUCUCCGGAAAACUAACAAACAUUUAAAAAGUAGAACAGAGAAAAGUGAAAUGUUGAAGGGAAUUUGUUUAUUUUUAUUUAUUGUUUUUAUCUAUCUGAACUGCCCUUUAGUUUUAAUUCUGUUCUAGCCUCUUAUAUAAACUGCCAUCAUAAUGGUUCUAGCAACUACUUUCCAUAAAUUGCUCUGCAGUAGUUAUGUUCAAGUUAUGGUAAAUAUUUACUUUCUAUAUGAGUGUUGUGAACAAGAAUGUAGAUAAGUGUCUUUAAAGCACUUCAACUGACCAGCCUUAAAGGGCAAGUCUUUGUCAAAUACAACAUUUGGCAUCAUUGGAUAUUUAUAAUAUAAAGGGCAUUUAAUCGCUGUGAAUUUUACAUAUAAUCUUUAAAAAGAAAAUCUGAGAAAAUAUUAAGUGUGAUGCAUCUAUUUUAUAUAACUAUUCACUGAUGCUAGAGUAUUUGCUGACAGUUUUACUGCCGAAUUUAUUACUUUUAGUUUUUAAGUGUUUGUUUUUAUUUAUGUUUCACAAAAAAAAAAA